UAAGUACCUCUGCCGCAUCCUCUUGUCCUUCCUGGUACCCCGACCCCGUGUUUGUCCUCGCCCUCGCUCGCUGCCUCUUGUCCUGGCCGGCCCGGGCCUGUCACGUCAUGUCACCCCGAUGCAUGCCACUCUGCAUCCAUGCACUAUCUCAUGGUGGCCUCUCUCGGGACCCCCUCGAUCCUGUCUGUCGACUUGGCCCGCCCGAGCACCAGACACAGACGCCAGCGUCGGCCUACCCAACCACCCGUACCAGACAGACAUGAACCGCCGCAAUGAGCGCAUGGAAUUCCCGUAUGGGGCGCCACAGCCCAACAUGAGCCAGCAGCAGCACCACCCCACGCCGGUACAGCCGCCCAUGAACGUCCCGCAACCUCCCGCCGCUCAGGGAGGCUCGCAGCAGCAGACGCCCACGCAGACCCAGGCCCAGCCGAGCCGGCAACGGAAACGCCCGGCCCCCAACGCUGCUCCGUCUCCCGCCACCGGUGCCCCCGCGGCGCCCAUCACCCCGAGUCAGCCUCCCGCGCCGACACCUCCCGCGCCGCAGUCCGCGCCCGCCUCCCAGCCGCCCGCUGCCGGAGACGACGCCAACUCCACGCCUGUGCAACCCCCGGCCAAGAAGAGCAGGACCAACACGCCCUGGACGCCCCAGGAAGAGCUGCGCCUGAAGCAGAUGCGUGAUGCCGGCAACAGUUGGGCCGAGAUUGCCAAGACGUUCCCCACGAGAACCGAAGGGUCGGUGAAGAAGCAUUGGUACAAGGACAUGCACUAUGCCGAGUUUGCUGAAGAUGAGAGCCAAGCAUUGUUGAAUGCCAUCAAAGAGUAUGAGAACAACAAGUGGAAGGUGAUCGGCCAAAAGGUUGGCAAGCCCGCCAAGGCGUGCGAGCAAUAUGCAAAGGAGCAUUUUCCAGACCUCUUCAGCAGCACCAAGGGAAGGUAGGAAUCGCCCAGUGCCAAUAAGUCCUGACCAGGGAGGUCGAAGUUGGGGUCCGUUGGGUCGGAAACGAAAUUCUAAUCACAGAUAUAUCGUUCGAGUAUAAUAUCGGGGAAGGGGCCGGCACGCCUGGCAGCGCAGUGUUCCAGACUGUACUCGGUGGGCCUGGCGCAAGGCCAGAACUUCCUCUUUCAGCGAAAUUUGCACGGAGAUGGAGAGGAUGGGCCGGAGCUCGGUGAUUUUAUGGCGAACCCGAGAUUGCUUUGGUGUGUUUUUUUCGUCGGGUCAUUUCGUUGUGUGUUUAUUACUCUUUGUCUCGUCUUCGCGGCUAUCGUGGGCCUCAAGUCUUGCAAUUGCUGCGUCGUUUGAGCCGUUCUCAUCAGUAUCUUGAACAUCCGCCGGAGAAAUCGAGGUUCGCAUUGCCUGGCGGGGACGAUGAGGCGGCACGAGGGACGCUGGGG